UUCCAUCUAUAUAUAAUGUUCACCGGUUUAGUCAUCUCCAUCAACAAUCUCAGAGUUCAAUAUAUCUCCUCUCCCCCGAUCAUAUCUCGAGCUUGAUCACUAGUAUCAAAGGCUUGGCUAGCUAGCAUAUUCGAGUACGCUAUCAAUAUCGGAAAUGAUGAAGAGAGGAGACUAUACCACCAUCGAUGUCCCCGAGUCAGCCGCCCGGUCUUCUUCCUCCAAAGAGAAAGCGCCGGCUAUGGUAGCUGCUGCACCUGUGCCAAGGCCUACUGGGUGGAAUAAGGGACUCGCAAUAUUCGACUUAAUUCUCAGGAUAAGUGCUAUAGUGGCCGCUCUGGCUGCGGCUGCUUCCAUGGGAACCAGCGAAGAGACUCUUCCUUUCUUCACCCAGUUCUUCCAGUUUCAAGCAGGAUACGAUGAUAUCCCGACCUUUCAAUUUUUCGUGAUUGCGAUGGCCAUAGUGGGUGGCUACUUGGUUCUUUCGCUUCCUUUCUCCAUAGUAUGCAUGGUUCGUCCGCAUGCAGCUGGGCCGAGGCUCCUCCUUCUCAUCUCGGACUUGGUGGCGCUGACUCUGACCACAGCAGCUGGUGCAGCGGCAGCUGCCAUGUCCUACUUGGCCCACAACGGCAAUCCGAAUGCGAACUGGCUGCCAUUCUGUCAGCAGUUUGGUGAUUUCUGCCAGAAGGCUACUGGAGCUGUAGUGGGGUCCUUCAUUGCGGCGGUCCUGCUAUCGGUGAUGGUCCUGAUCUCCACGGUGGCUCUCCGAAGAGUCUGAUCGAGCAUCCGGUGUUUUGUCUCCGUUUCUCUGUUUAUAAUGCUAUUUCAUGUGUGAAUGUGUGUUUGAAGACAAAUGAGGAUGUGUGGCCUGCUUAAGAUUCUUGUAUGGAAGUGAUUGAAAAUGAAAAUGUAAGAGCAAUUAAUCCAAUCCAUCUCCACCUUUGACCACCGCACAAAUUAUAUUA